AUGGCAAUGCCGCAGCAUCUCCACCUCUACUCGAGGUCGUGCUUCGUUGGGGCUCCAAUGGCUCUUGCUCCUGCCCGAACGACCAAGGCCAGACGCCCAGCUCCCUCUAGCAUCGCAAAGACGGCUGUAGCGAACAGGAGGAACACAGAGUACAAGGCAGACUCGGUUCUCCCUCCGCCCCUGACGGAGAAUCUCCUCUUCCAAGCGAUCGCAGAGCUUCCUGACGGCACGAGGAGAGCGACGGAAACUUGCUAUCAGUGCUUCCAGGAUCACAAAUUCACUGCUGAAGACUUCAUGUCUUUUCUCAAGUCCAUCUCAAACCAAUCGCCGACACUGACCAGAGCAUUUGGCGUGAGCGUUGGCAAGGAUGUGGAGAAUGCGAUGAAAGUGAAGACUGCUGGCAUGAAGACAGUAAAUAUGAUUCCUUGUGAAGAUUACAUCACUGCAUAUGGUAAGAAAGGCAUGCUGAACAAGUCAAAGGUCAACAGCUUGUCAGUUCAGAACAAGAACCUGCCUGGUCAACCGUCGGCCCGAAUGUGCGGCGGCAGCAAUGCAGAAAUGAUGGAGGACGUGGAGAGCAAAGUGGAGUUUGCGGUGGACAUGACAGCGAAGCUGAUCUACCGGAGGAGGAAGGAAGCAAGGAGGAGACAGUUGGGCAAGUUCCCUGGAAGCCAGAAGGAGAAGGUCAACGGUUACCUUAUGCACGUGAUCCGGAAGCUUGGCAGCAAGAUCUCUUCGACGGGAAAGAAGAAGCUGACGGACUCGAUCAAGAUGUAUGUCGAGAAGAAGUUGUCUCCUGAGGACUUCAAGAACGUCUUGCAAGACCUCGUGGACGAGCACGGAAUCGCCAUCGAGCUCGAGUACACACCCGAGUACGAGACGAGGAGCAGCAACAAGGAGCAGCCUGUGAAAAGGAGAGGAUCCUUCAUGCCGGUCCUGCCGGCGGAGUACGGCAAGAGGAUGAAGGUCGGGGAGGCAGCUGUCCCUGCGGUGGAGUUGGCGGAGGAGAAGCCGAAGCUGGGAGCUGCUGCUGGGGCAGGAGGAAGCCUCUCCUCGUCCGGCUGCCCUGCAUGCGAGCUCGACAUGUUCGGAACCUUCUCGGCAGGAGGAAAAUGCUUGCAGUGCGGACAUGCCAGGACGCGGGCGACGGCGUUCAAGACCCCUGCUGUCGCCGUGAAGAAGGAAGGCUCGGCGACUGCUCCUGCUCCUCUUCCUCCCACGGGAGUGAAGGGUGGGGCCUCCCCUGGCCCUCGCGUCCUCUCCAGCGACCUGCCAGAGACAGCGCUGUGUGUGUUCUUGACCCAGCAAGCGAAGAGCGUGUCUACUGCUGAAAAGGACGUGCGGGUGCGGGUAGUCUCCGAGUCCUUGCUGACGACAGGAGGAGGCUUCGCGCCCCGCUACCCCUACAGGGUCAAGAGCAUCUUCGCCUUCCAGAAGGUGGACGGAGGGGAGGAAGUGAUCUUCUUCGGUAUGUACGUGCACGAGUUCGGCAUCGAUGCUCCGUCCCCUGCCGCCGGCCGCGUCUACAUCGAGUGCCUCGACUCCAUCCCGCUCUUCGGCAACGACAAGAGCACAGACCGCCAGCGCGUCCUUACCGCCAUCGUGCAUGGCUACCUCAAGUUCGUCCGCUCCCAGGGCUUCCGCCACGUUCACCUCAGAGUUCCUCCUCCUUCGGCCGAGUCCAGCCACAUCUUCGCGUUCCGCACUGCGGCUGUGAGGCUUGAGGCGACGCUGAGGAUGGCGCAGUGGUACAAGCGGCUGCUGGAGGGAGCCAAGGAGGCCGGGCUGAUCACCGAGUACGAGAGCAGCUCGCACCUCUCCCGCCUCGAGUACUUCCCUCCCUGCAUCCUACCUGCAUGCGAUCUGGCGGAGGAGCACUCGUUCAGCGCCAUGAAGAGCACGGCAGCGAGGAUGCAGCAGGAGGCUCAGGACGCGACGGAGGCGUCGAUGCUCGCGAGGAUCGUCGCGUUCAAGGAUAGGUUCUUCGUCGCUAACUUGCACGACACCAUCGACGACGCGGCGAUCCCGGUGCUGGAGGAGGACGACUCCUCUCUCCGCCUCUGCUCCGUGGCCUCGAGGAGGAGGGACUUCAUCGCAGCCUGCGACGAGGAGAAGCUCUCGUUCACAACCCUCGAGGGCGCCAAGGCUGCUUCUUCCUUCCUCAUUCGCAAGUUCGCGGAGAGCUCGACCCUCCCGUACGCCAGCGGCAACGAGGAGAGGAUGGCUGCGGGCGAGAGGAACGGGAGGAAGGGACCGCACGACUCCAGCCUUCCGGAGUGGGUGCAGCAACAGCAGCUGCUGCUGCUCGAGGGCGUUGGGGAGAAGCAGGAGGGUCACGGGGAGGAGCUGGAGAAUAUGUGGAGCGACGCGUGCGUGCACGACGUUGGAAACUUUCAAGACGCUGAGCUGUUUGCGGACUCUUUGUUCUCGUCUUGAAACUGUUACUUUAGAAGGGAGGAGGAGGAGGAGGGGGCAGGAGAAGGGAGAUGAGGACUUGUGGUGAUGUUUGAUUAUUUAUUCGUCGUAAUGGCAAGAAGCAGUGAGCAGUACUAUAGCAAGUGAUUCAAGUGAUACUCUAGUGAAACAUAAAACAUAAUUCAUGGC